GGACGAGGUGUCAAAAUGCUGAAAAACGUUGGGCCUAAGGCCCAUCCGACUAGUACGAGAUGGUGACGAUGGACAGCGAUAGCGCGCGCCUCGGCGGGUUCCGUCUAGGCGCGCGCGAGGAGCCGGAGCGGCGCCCGCGCACGCGCACGCCCUCCGUGUCCUCCCUCUCUCUCUACAAGCAGAAGAUCGACGCGCUCUUCGACGACUCGCGCUCCGUCGCCAGCCUCCCGCAGUACGCGCCCGGCACCCACCUCACCGACACCAAGGCAACGAGAGACGGUAACGAUGAAAGCUAUUGCCAGAAUAAAAUCAACAAGAUUAACAACACGGUUCAGGAUCGAAUAGAGAGGAUGUUUGCGGAUAUGGCGGGCGAGUCCAGGCAGUCGAUAGAGAGUAUCGGCGUGCACGUGUUCAGUGUGCACUAUCUGGGCUCUACUCCUCUUCAGAGCAAGGUCACCAGCCUCUCCGGCCUCCAAACACCACUCAAAGACCUAUACUUUGCCUACAGAAGAAACUACCGCCAUAAAAGUAACCUUACAGGAAGACUAGAAAUCUCAAAAAGUGGCCUCAAGGUCAGAUACAUGGGAGAAAAAGGUGACUUAGAACAGUUGAACCCGUUCCCGACGAUAGCAGUAUGGUCUGCUGUCAAAUUCGUCGUACAACCGUCAGAGAAGGAGAACCACGACUUAAGCUAUGCUUUCUUACCUCUCAUCACUGAUCCAGACAAUAUUGACCGUCACGCGUUGUUCAAAACUUUGGAAAUACCUGACAAAAAAUACAUCCUCUCCCACAACGAAAAUUCGCAUUCACCCCUUUUCGCUGUUGUGAUGAGGAAGAUCGGAGUCGCCAAGCAAUUGGAGUGUCAUGGGUUUGUAUGUCAGACGUCCGAGGACGCUAUCGUGAUAGCGGCCACGCUAUACAAAUCUCUGAUGUCACACAUGAGCCGGCAGGGUCACAGCGGUGAUAUGAAGAAGCUAAGAAAUCGAAACGGAGUUAGCUGUAUGAGCGUAACGAGUAGUAUAACACAAAAUGAUAUGCCCAUAAGACCGCCGCGGAAGAAACGAAGUACAUCUUCUUUGAGUGGUGAUAGUGAUCGUCCCGAUGGAUUCUCAGCCAGUGAGUCUUUCCACGAAAGACCUAAACUGGAACGGACCAGAAGAAUUUUAGCUGCAGAAGGGUACCAUCUGCCGUCACCACCACCCUCAAUUUCCCCCGCCGAACCUAAAAGAAUAACUGUCGAAGAGGUCAAAGCUAAAUUAGAUUCCAUAAAGCACGACACGAGCGGAAGCGAUACGCAAGAAUCAAAAAAAUCGAUGGCAAAAGAUUCACUAAGUCCUACUAUUAACGCUAAGAUCUCGAAUCCUCUACCUCUUCAAAGCAGCAGCGAGUCUUCAGUUCGGAGUAAAGUUUCUGAAAAGAUUGAAUUAUUUAGACAAUUGGAGAAACGAAAAAACCUCCCGAGACCACCGACUUUACCCCCUCCUAUUCCAACGAAACCACUUGAAUCGCCAGAUCAUUCAAAAGAAACUCUAAGGAGAAGUCACAGUGGCAGAAACUCUCUCAAUGAAUCAGGUGAUAUUCUGACAAAGGUAGCGAUACCUCGCUCAGGCAGUUUCCUCAACGCUGGUGGACUGACCAGAUAUAAAUCUAUUGGACACAGAAACAACGGGAAAAAGGGAGGCGGUUCUCCACUAGGGUUCAACGAACUUUUCAAUGAAUUCAAGGUUCAAGAGAAUUUACACUCGAUGGAUGAAAUAUUGAAUGCCAUAAUAGACGCCGAAGGCAUGUCCUUCAACGAUCUGAAACCGAUAUAUAAAGAAUUUCUUUUAAAAUUAGCCGUUACCCUUACGAAGGACGAAAUAUUUCAACACAGUAAAGCUAUUAUGAAGAAACAGAAAAAGAAAAUUUUAAGAAGGAACAGUAUAUUCCAAACUAAGAGGCGAAAGAUAUUCAAAGGAGCUAGUGGUUUACGCAUGGUAUUCAGGAUGCCUUUCGGGAAAGAGUUGCCAAAAAUUGAAAAGACCAACCAUAAAAUCGGUUCGUUUGAUUUACAAACCGUAGCUAACAAAGAACCUAUAUCGGAAAGCUCAGUGUCAACGUCAAGUUAUGAUUUGAGACAGUUUCGUCCGAAAGAACCACCAGUACCGCCACCGAAGCGACAAACUAUGAGGCAACGGAAGCGUACCGACAAGGUCGUGCAUGUUUCCAAACGAAAUGGAAAGGUUUCGAGACCUGGAGAAAGGACAUCUACUUCAGAAGAUUCAGAUUUUUUGACAUUGAGUAACCGUCUCGGUUGUCAAAACCGCAACAGUUCAAGUGGAUACGUAUCAUGCUCAGAAUGCGAAUCAGAAAGCUGCGUAGAUCGCUGCUACUGCUCACUGAAAGAGGACAGCAAGGCAAAAUGCUACUGUUACGAAGGCGAAGUCAAGAGAGAUUCGUCCAAAACGAGGCUUUUUAGUAAAAGCAAAAACUGCAAAGAUUGUUCCAAGGACGUUUACAACGGCGACUUCAGCUACUGCUCGUGCGACUCCGAGUCGUGCGCCGACAGCAACAAGUGCUACUGCGCGAUCGAGUACCAGCGCGAACGCUACCAGACCAAGUCCAGAUCGAGCGCCACGUCCAAAUCACGCCGUUCAGAUCGCAGCCGGCGCGCGCGCAGUUCGGACAGCCUGGCGCUCGACUACGAGCUGCUGCUGCAGAACAAGACCCGCGACACACGGCCCGCCUCGCGCAACCUGCAGCGCCUCACAGUGCGAAGCACAGGCGCCGGCUCCCAAGAUGCCCUCAGUGUGAAGAAGUCCGCCGAGAUGGCCGCCCUAUUCGCCGACGUGCGCCUCUCGCAGCGCACGGACGUGCGCUCCCUGCUGGGCGGGUCCCGGCGCGCGCGGCCGCCGCCGCUGCCGCCCGCGCCCGCACCCGCGCUCGCCCGAGCGCCGCUCGCGCGCAUGUUCGACCACCGCCCGCUCAGCAGGAACGCGAGCCUCGAGGACACGCUCGGAUAUUUGCCAUGAUUGAGGGGGCGGAGGGUCAGGAUGGUUUGUCGGUUGGCGGUCAUUAUGGAAUAGGUUGGGUAUGUUGCGAAAGCUCUAGGCGUGGAACUGGGCUUCUUUUAAACGGGGCAUCCGU